UUAGAUUAUUACAACGUGUUAGAAAUUGCACAAACAGCAAAUGAAGGGGAAAUUAAGAAAGCCUAUAGAAAAAUGGCCUUGAAAUGGCAUCCGGACAAGAAUCCUGGCAACAAAGAGGAGGCCGAGGCAAAGUUCAAAGAAAUAUCCGAGGCAUAUGAAGUUCUUUCAGACAAGGAGAAACGAGAGAUCUACAACAAAUAUGGCAAGAAUGGUCUAACUAAUGGCCAAGCUCAGGCUCACUUCAACCACUUUACAUUCAGAGAUCCGUUCGAUGUUUUCAGGGAAGUUUUUGAAUCCAUGGAUCCCUUUGUAGAUUUCUUUACACCAUGUUUGUAG